AUGUCAACAACAGAGAACACAACAACAGUUAUAGUCCAUGAAGCUAUAAAUGAAGAAUAUGAGUACAUACAGUUUAACAAACAACUCCGUCUCAUUCGUUCAGUCAAAGACGAUAUGUACCAAAUGCAAAGUAUUUUGAACGCUCUUCGUUCUACAAAGCAAGCAUAUCAUUGGUUUGAAAACCAACAGACAAAAGAACUUUUAGAAGAAUUUCCUCAUAUGUUUGCUUCCCUCGGAAAACCGAGGAAUGAGAUUCCGUAUGAAAAUCGUAAAAAUUUGCCAAUAAAUUUAAGAGGAUAUUAUGUACAUAGACUUCUUGUAAAUGCUGUUGCAAUGUGGGCUUCGCCUCGUUAUGCUUGUUAUAUUUUCAUGAUGUUAGAUGAAAUUCAUAGACAAGAACGUGAAGAGAUGGAAAACAAGCUUGAAGCAAAAGA